AUGUUUUUGUUUGUAUUCAUUUUCGCGGAUCAACAGUCCGUUCUUCACACGUUCUCUAGCAUCCCCUUUAGAGCAUCAGCCAACACGUUCAUCACUGCCAAACUUUGUGUUUACGAGGAAGCACGUAGGGUAGAAAUUUUUGCUGGUGCUUCCAUUCCUUGUUGGUGGUUGCGGUACCUUGGGAAAAAGGGUGGAAGGAACACCACCAAAUACCUAGCAUCCAAUUCCUCGACACCCAUCUCCUGCCAACGCACAUGUUUCGUGCGACACGUUGACUUCACCAUUGUUGCUAUCGCUCCAUCCCGAUGCCACCACAGACUCGCGACUGACAAGGAGGGAGAAACUCUGACACUUCUUAGCUCAAUCGGUUUACGUUACCUCCAGGUACCUAGUUGCUUUUCUCAUCCCUCACCGAUCAUUCAUCACCAGCGCAUCUUCUCCUUCGAAACGCCCUUUCAGCGCCCACCAUUCCCCGGCUCGAGCCCCCCUCCCGAAACCGCCAAUCAUUCCCUCGAGGACCAACGACGGGCGAGACAAAGAAAAAUCCACACCCAUCACGACGACUCCCGUCCUACUACUGCCCGUCGGGUUGACGACGACGGUGAUGAUGACACAUCGCGGCUCAAUCAUUCAGGAAGCGCUACUGUUGACGAGUCGCAAAACACGCCGACCAAACCCCCUCCUGACGAACAACCUCACAACAACGAACUAGGUCGCCGUACCCCGUCCAGCUCCCGUACCAAUAUCGAACAUCAAAACGAAUCUAUGCUCCCUCCACCGCGACCCCAGACCUCCGCCGUACCGGACACCAGCUUUGUCGAGGGCCCUACCUUUGACGACUCCUACCAUGGCGAUUCUUUGGCUGAAUCUGCUGUUCGCGCACAUCUCCAGGACGUUGAAUCAAGCUUCGUCUCUCGUGUAUCCCCGAUCCCCACAAUAACCCACGAGGGCACCGACGACACUUACCUCUUCGAUGGCGCGGCCGCUUCUUCGAGAUCCCCUGCCCCAGCCAGACAACCCCCUGCGAGCCCCAGCCCCAGUCCAAGGCCGAGAUUCGAUGCGACCCCUGAGGAAGACUCGGCCAUCCACAACCUUCCCGAACUGCGACCGCAAGACUCGGCCUCUGCCGACGUCUCCAAUACAACUUCUGCCCUGGAAACUAUGUCCUCCUCGCCCGCCGCCGCCGCCGCCGCGCGAACAAUAUCCAGGGCCCUUUCCAGCGCCAGCAAUCGGACCGACAAGCAAUCGGGGGAACCCGCUCCGGCUGACGACACCGAGGAUGAACAAUCUCUAUCUCGUGCGGAAUCUGCUGCCGAAUCUGUGUCAACGACUCUCCGAAGCAAGCGCUCCGACGGCAGCCUUCAAGGGGGCUCUGUGGAUGCCGGCAGUACACCUGGUCAUUCUCUCCGCUACGGCACGCGGCCAAAGUAUCUGCGUAGCCGGGGCGCCAGCCAGCGAUCCUCCGUCUCCUCUUUCAUCACCAACCCCGAUACCCACGAUGAACUUGAGAGCGAAGGCACUGCGAAUCUUGGCGCCGAUUUCGCCCUGCAAUCUGGAGGUGCAGCUGGCACGCUGAGCUUACCCCGCAGUCUCAGCAGCAUCCUGUCGCGCUCCGUGAGCAUCGGCAGCAUGGCCUCGGGUUUGGACGAGCCCGAAUCGCUACCUAGUCAACUUGAGACACUUGAAGAGGACGACAACCGGUUCUCGCCACGCCGAUCAGCCCGAAACGAAGAUCUCCUGGCUACCCCGAAACCCUCCAAGGAGAAUCUAACUGCGCCCACCGAUACUGUCAUCGCCCGGCAUGUUAGAAAUGUGCAGGUCCCUGAGUCGUUGGCCAUGGAGUACAGGACUAAGAGUGGCUUUGUGACGCCCCGCAAGCCCUCAGACAUGCCGCUUGGCGCCUCCACGAGGUCGGGUAAGAAUUUGACACUCAAGGAGCAGAGCAGCACCAUUGAGCGUCUGUCCAAAGAGAACUUUGACCUCAAGCUGAAGGUCAUGUUCCUCAGCGAUCGCCUUGACAAGCUAUCCGAAGAGGGUGUUAAGGAGAUGAUCUCGGAAAACGUGGAACUCAAGACGAGCCUCGCCGUCAUCCAGCGUGAUAACAAGGCCUUGCGAAGGCGGGUCAAGGAGUUGGAGAAGCAGUUGAAAGACGACCAGGACCGCCCCGGAACAGCAAAGAGUGGUGGAUCGUCUAAUGACACCUCCUCCAACCUGGAUGCUCAGGAACGUGAGGAGGAGUUGACAUACCUGCGCGAGCGCGUCGAAGAAUACAUCACUGAGAUUGAGAGGCUUCGGAACGAUAACAUGUCAAAGGAGGCAGAAAAGCGUAAGCUCAGUGAGGUGGUCAGGUCGCUAGGCGAGAGAACCAGCGGCAAUCUUGGCAGUCAGGAAGAGGCCGACGUAUGGAAGGACCUUCUCGAGCAGGAGACGGCCCGACGCGAGCAGUCCGACGAGGACAACCGUAAGCUGCGUGAUGAGAUCUUCCGCAUGAAACAGGAAGCCAGUGGCGGCCACGGUGGCAUGCACCACACCACCAACAUUUACAACAUCACCAAGAAGCACAGACAAGUCUCUCCAAGUCGCCCCGUGUCUGGUCUAUCCGGUGAUCUUGAAACGAAUGGUGGCUUUAGUGCGGCAAGUACGUUGGUGGAUGAACUCAGGAGAGAAAGUGAGCAACUACGACACGAAAACGCCGAGCUGAGGCGCGAGGUAGGAGCGCAGACAUCCAUGCUCACGUCGAGGAACCGUGAAAAGGAGCGAUUAUAUCAGGAGAUUGAGGAUCUGAAGAUGGCGCAGCGGCGAGGAGGACCCGCACCAUCCACGGUGGACUCCCUGCUCGAGCGUUCGGCAUCUCGCGCCGGCGCCCACCACCGGUCGAUGUCAAGAGUCAGCGCCAGUAGGACGCAAAUGACAGAGAUCGAUGAGCUGGAGCGCGAAGAGUUGGAGAACAAACUCGCCGAAACGCGCGACAAGAUUAGCGAGAUCAAAUUACAGAACCAAGAGCUUCAACGGGAGCUCGAGGGAUGCAUGGCAGACUUUGAGACAGCAGUCGAGGGUAAGGGCCAAGCUGAGGAAAUCGCUGCCACACUCCAGGAAGAUCUCGACAAUGCCAUGAACGACCUCGUGGCUUUGCAGGCCGAGAGGGACGAAGCGCUCAGGGAGCAGGCGGAUAUGGAGACGGAAUUCGAAUCGUUGCGGAAAGAAGCCCAGGAAGAAAUCGAUGCUUUGGAGGGCGAGGCCGACCAACGAAACGACGAGAUACAAAGGCUGCAGUUUGAGCUCAAUGACCGCACAGAAAACUUCGAUGCCCUGCAGGAGGAAAUGCGCAAGAUGAGCGAAGCGCUACUGGGAUUGGAGGACGAGACAGCAGCCAAGAUUGGCAGGAUCAAGCAACUAGAGCAAGAACUCGCAGAAGCCAACAAGGAGUCAGAGGAGCUCGAAUCCAAGCUGCUCGAGUCCAACGACAAGGCUCAGCGGCUCAGCGUACAACAAGAAUCCAGCCAGGGUGAAAUUGCUUUCUUGCGUGAGGAGCAGGAAGGCGACAAGAUCCGCAUCGGCGAUCUCGAGGCGGCUCUCGCUAAUACCGAGCAGAGCUUGCGCGACGAACGCGACAGGAUCAAGGAGCUAGAGCAGCGUCUUGUUACUGAGCGCCGCCAACACGAGAUGGUUUCCAAUCAGGAGAAGGAAGAGGUGACGCAGUUCGUCAACGAGCUUAACCGCGAGAUGUCGGCGGCCAAAGACGAAGCCCGGAGGUUGCGUAAGAGUCUCACCUCUCGCGAAGUUGAGGCGACCGAAUGGAAGGAGCGGCUCAUGGAGUUGGAGAACAAUCUUAGAGAGGCACUGGGCGAUCUUAACGGGACACGAUCCAGCCUUCUCAAGUCGAUUGCAAAACUUCAGCGCGAGUUGGAGAACACCGUUCGCGAGCUGGACACCACCAAGGCGUCGCUCGUCGAGAAGGAUCGUAUCAUCAAGCAGCGCGACGCUUUGCUUGAGUCUCACGGCCUGGAGUCUCGCAAACUUGGGGGAGAGCUCGAAAAGGAGAGACAGGCGCACCGGACGACGAAGAACCAGUUCGAGACAUUUCAGAAGACACACUUGCAUGUGUCGAGAACUGUUAGCACACAGGACCUACGCAUCUCGGAGCUCGAAUCCUCGCGGACCCAGGACAAGAAGAAGAUUUCGCAUCUCGAGGCGACGUUCCGAGACCAGCUCACUGAGCGCAACAACUUGCUGCUAGUACUGUGGACCCGACUUUCGGCCCUUUGUGGCACUGACUGGGCGCACGACAAUAGUCUCAUCAAUGGGCGCGCGCUGCCUUCUCUGGAGGCUGUGGCUACUAUGCUGCCCGGCUUCAGCAAAAACUUGCUGGGCGCUAUCAAGAUGAUCGAAACCAUGGUUGGUGGGUUCUCGUCUCGCGUCAAGGGCGUGGAACGGGACUUAUGGCGCGAGUAUCAGAGCCUCGAGAACAACCUCGAGAUCCGGACUAAGAAGCUGGAGCGGCUGGAGACGAUUGUACGCAACAGCAUAGCAUCGGGAUCCCUCGGGUCCUAUGAGCAGGCUAGGAUGGAGCGUCUCGAGGACGCCUACCGCCAACUCAAGGUUGAGAACGCAACACUACGAACCGCUCAGGACGUCAGGAGUCGGGCUGCCUAUUCAGCAACCAACGACCCCAGCGCGGUUAUCACUGAGCCCGGCAGUGGAAGCCCGUCGCCGUCCAUUCCCACAGGACCGAGAGAGCGAGAGAGGAAGCCUCGCAAGGGCGAGAGAACGUCGACGAUGACACGGAGCGUUUCCAGCCAUACGGUGACGACGCCUGGGUCAACCAAUCACAACCCUUUUGAAGCCACGUUGGCGGAGCGGGACCCAGCAGACAACCGGUGGAUUUUCAAGCUCCGCGACCUCGAGAACAAGCUCAAGGCUGAGCGCGAAGGCCGCUCGCAGGACCGUAAUGCGGCAAGACAGCGGCUGGGCGGACUCGAAACAGAAAACCCUGAAAAAGUAGAGCUGGCUGGGAUUGCGUUGCGGAGGUUUCAUUUGUAUUCGCUCAACCUCUUGUACCAACAGCAGAGCCGGAAUCGGCGAACGGCCUUUGCUAGGGAUCUGGAGGAGUUUUGCGGACAGGCCGCCUUUUGGGUACAACAGUCUAAUACCGAAGCCUCUCUGUCUGGCGUUGUUUGUCAGCCUUGCCUUACAGAACACCCUUAUGUCAUCUAUAUUCCAUCGCGCCUAGUUAUCUCGAAGAAGAGUUCAACAGAGGCCAAUGUUUGGCUUCUACGUGGGGCUCCUCCGACUCUCCGCCCCAGUCCCGCACUGUUUGCGGGGUUCCCUCCGCCUUCACUUGCAAGUCUAGCCACCCACCUUAGCUUACUGGAUGCGAUUUCGAACUCCCGUUGGUCACGCGCAGAGAGCACAACGGGACGAUGCAUGUCAUUCUGCACCUCCAAGACCGACUGGAGCGGGGCAGAGCGGGGCUCCCCAUUGGUCUUGCUCGUUAUGGAUGUCCGCCUCGAACGCGGGGGAUCCGGGGCAUCAUCAUCGGCGAGGUUGACGGGAUUAAUGUUUGACGAACAACAUAUUGACCCAAGUUUUAAACUCGUCCGGAAGAAGCCACUACGUCUACAUCAUCAACAGACCACCAAGAUGUUCCGUCUCCACAGGCUGUCCCAGGGUCGGACACGCACCCCUCUCCGCCUUCCAUCAUCACAAUACCGAACAGUCAUGAUGGGCGCCGCAGCGCCAAAAAAGGAAGGCGAUAUCUCUUCCGUCUUCGUCUCUCUUUCGGGCGCCGCCCGUGAACCGCUCCCGGACCGCUUCCGUGUGCUUAAAGAGGACCUCAUCGCGGGUCACGAGGAUGCCGUCGCUGCGUCCUGGAACCGGCUUCUGCGUGCUUUGCGGGAGGAGAAUAAAGUUAUCCGGGAAAAGGGACCCGCCAUCAUCCCGAGCGUUGAAUUCAAAGACUUGGAGGGCGAUAUUGAGAGGCUAAAGGGUGAUAUCCGCAAGCGUGGCGCCGCUGUCGUUCGUGGUGUCUUUGAUGAGAAGGAGGCUAGAGGAUACAAAGAGGAGGUUGAGGAAUAUGUCAGGAAGAACCCAUCCACAAAAGUCUACGAGCUCUACUGGUCUCACCCACAAAUCAAAGCCCGCUCGCAUCCCAAUAUGCUCAAAGCCCAGUCGACCCUCAUGAGCUCCCUCUGGAACAAGUCCCCCUCGGCCGCCAUCUCUCUGCAACCCGUGACCUACGCCGAUCGCCUUCGCAUCCGUCAGCCCGGCGACGCAACGUUCGCCCUCGGCCCACACAUUGACGGCGGGUCUGUGGAGAGAUGGGAACGCGAAGGGUACGGCAAGGCCGGGACCUACGAUGCCGUCUUCCGAGGCGAAUGGGAGAAGUACGACCCGUGGGACGUCAGCGCCCGCGUCGAAGCUGUGCAAGACUUGUACAACGGUGCCGGCGCAUGCAGCAUGUUCCGCAUGUUCCAGGGCUGGCUGAGCCUGAGCAACUGUGGGCCGAGGGAGGGGACCUUGUUGGUGAACCCGUUGGUGCAGCUCUCGACCGCCUACUUUCUCCUCCGGCCGUUUUUCCAGCCGCGCAAGGAAGUAUCUGAGAGUGGCAGUGGGGUCGCCGCGGGAGAAGGCGAGGAGUUCUUGCGAGAGGAGAACUGGGCGUUUACGGGCGGCGAGGCGAUGAGUAGCGAGCUACAAGGGGCAACACCGGGACACGGACAGGAGCUCAGUGAGGCGCUGCAUCCGCAUCUGCAACUUGAUGGGACAAUGGUUCAUAUCCCGCGCAUCAAGCCUGGGGACUUUGUCGUUUGGCACGCGGACCAGAUCCACGCCGUCGAUAAGGUUCACCAGGGACAGGGAGACUCGAGUGUCAUGUACAUCCCCGUGUGUCCGGCGACGGAUUUGAAUGUCGGGUACUUGGCGAGGCAGAGGGAGGCGUUUCUUGAAGGGCUGCCAGGGCCGGAUUUCCCCGGCGGAAAGGGGGAGAGCGAACACGUGGGGCGGCCUGGAGAGGAUGCCAUCGAGGGGGUGGAGGCGAGGCGGGCGAUGGGAUUGGAAAAAUUGGUCGGCGCUGGAGAUGGGCAUGGAGAGAGGGAUUUGAUCCAGAGGGCGAACAAAGUCCUGGGGGUUUGA